UUGACGUUGGGGUUCGGCACGUGAAAAACGUAAACAUUGAGAAAAUAGUGGAAAAUAUUUGUUAAAAAUGUCCAAAUACAAAAGUUUAAUAAAUUUAAAUACACCCUACGCAAGGAGGAUGCAGUAUUUGUCUAAUAGGAUUUUUGGGGAAGUUGCCAGACCUACAAAUUCAAAGUCAAUGAAGGUGGUCAAGAUGUUCAGCGCCAAACCCGUAGAAAAGGAAGAUUAUUACGUGAAUUACUACCCGCGGCAUGUGGAAGUUGGCUGGUUGAUGAGGCAUCUCCGGGCAUAUGGUCUUUUCCGCGAUGAGCAUGAGGACUUCAAAGAGGAAAUGAAAAGACUCCGCGCUCUACGUGGGAAAGCUCCUCCACCCCGUGGCGAAGGCAAGAGAUCUAAGAAAUAGUCCCUGGAUCAAUUUAAAUUAAUUUCUUUACAUAGAAUUAUGUAG